CGGUACCAGUAUCCGUGGAUAUCGCCUCUUGUGAAGAUCAAUUCGUAUUCGGUCCUCUAAAAAACCCCACUUGGAUUAUUAGUUUAAAGAAACCAUAAAAAUAGAAAUAUAUUUGUGCAGUUUUCAUCCCAAAAUGAUUAAAAAUGCCACUUAAAUAUUCAAGUUUAUCCAUAGUGCUAUUUUUGUGCCUUCAAAUCUUAUCCAUAAAGGGAUCACCCGAUGAUUUGGGGCAACGUGCUAAAAUUUCAAGAAAACCAAAUGACAACUUGGUGAUCGAAGCUGGGAGAGACCAGAACAUAACCCUCCGGUUGAUGGGCGAUGCAUCCUCGUUGCUGAUCAACGAUGUGAAUGUGGUCACAAUGCUCCGGAGGCGCAAGUCGAUCCUGGCCGGUCGAGCGGCGGUGGCUCGCAGAGAACCCCUCUCCGUAGACGUCGUCAAGGAUCAGUUCCGUGGCGUGGAGCGUAAAAUGACAAGGAUGCAGAAUCGAGUCUUCAACUCCCGGAACAACACUCUACGGGGCAGCUUCAGUCAACGGAAUCUGCGCCGUCAGUUGCGGCGGGUGGAGCGUUUACGAGCCACCCUGCUAACACUGACCGCCAAUCUGGCCAUGGACGAGUGCAUGGGUAAUCCCUGCAAAAACGGAGGAACCUGCUAUGAUGCCUACUUGGCAUUCCAGUGCGUAUGUGCAGCCGGUUGGCAAGGUCCUACUUGCGAGGAUGAUGUGAACGAGUGCUCCGAGUUUGCGGGAACGGAUUUAGCCGGUUGCCUGAAUAAUGGCCAGUGCAUCAAUACGCCGGGGAGCUUUAGUUGUGUUUGCCGGAACGGCUUCAGCGGCACCCACUGUCGAGUACGACGGAACUCCUGCCUGGGCGUUGGAGCCUCGGAGUUGUGCGGGGAGCACGGAACCUGCAUCCAGACCUCCAACGCCGCCGGUUAUGUUUGUGUCUGCAAUCAGGGAUGGACGUGGGCGGAUGCUAAUGCCACGGCGGCUACGGCGAGUCCCUGCUCCAGAGACGUGAACGAGUGUGAGCCUCGGGUGAAUCCCUGCCACAGCGAGUGCAUUAACCUUCCAGGCAGUUUUCGCUGCGGUCCCUGUCCACCUGGUUACACUGGCGACGGACGCAUCUGCCGGGAUGUGGACGAGUGUGCCGGAGAAGAUAACGGAGGCUGUAGUCUUCAGCCUCGUGUAAGGUGCUUCAAUACCGAGGGCUCACACAUCUGUGGCCGCUGUCCGCCGGGUUGGAUCGGGGACGGCCGCAACUGUACGGCAGCCAAUUCGAAUUCUUGCGACCACGAGCAGAUCUGCCAUCCGCAGGCCAAGUGCGAGUACAUCUCCGGGACGAUGGUGUGCACCUGUCCGGUGGGCAGCUACGGUCAUGGCUAUGGCUCCGAUGGAUGCACCAGAGACCCCAACCGAAAACCUUGCGAUGAACACCCCUGUCUGAACAAUGGAACCUGCGUGGAGAACGGCAGAGGAACCUCUUGCAUCUGCCAACCUGGCUACAUGGGCGCCCUUUGCAACUCCUCGGACGCCUGCCAUCCAAGUCCUUGCCUCAAUGGAGGCUCCUGUCGCCUGUUACCGGGCAACACCUACCAGUGCUACUGUCCAGCUGGCUUCACUGGAACCGAAUGCGCCCACCGGCGAAUUUAUUGCGGCGUCACUCUCCGCGGGCCAGUCGGAGUACUUAAUUUCCCACCCAAUGCUAAUGACGGCACUUACCAAGCCAACGAACGGUGUCCCUUUAUAAUCCGCACCGAUCCCGGUUUCAUACUCAACCUGACCUUCACCCAGUUCGAUUUGCAGGAGAGUCCGGACUGCUCCGCUGAUUUCCUUCAAGUGCACGAUGGCAGUUCCUUAACCACACCAAUGAUUGGUCGAUUCUGUGGCUCCCGACUGCCCCAGGGUAACGGAACGCUCAUCACGUCCCAACACCAGGCCUUUCUAUGGUUCCGAUCCGACAAUCAGACCCAUAGCAAGGGAUUUAGAGUGGUAUGGAACUCGUUGAACUUCUCCUGCGGGGAGACUCUCGAUAACCUUACCCUCGGCCAGAACGGGGUGCUGAGGUCCCCCGGUUAUCCUGGCCAGGCUAGUCCCGGUCUCGACUGUCGUUGGGAUUUGAUCGCACCUUAUGGUACCCGGCUUCUCCUUCGAUUCUACGCCAUUCAUCUGGGUAGCAGCGAUUUGGGAGCGGAGAACUGCACCGAGGAUUAUUUGAAGGUCUACGAUUCGGACCGCAAACUACUCCAGGCUUGUCGAUCUGCCCAGCCGGAACCCCUUCACAGUUCCUCCAACAGCAUAGUCAUGAAAUUUCAUACGGACAACCAACGUUCGGACAGUUCGUUUCAACUGCACUACGAGGUGGUGUCCGGCGACCCGGGAUGCGGGGGCGUCUUCACGGAGCCCAGUGGAAUAAUCAGUGGCCUCAUGCAAUUCGAGGUCUGUCUCUACCUUAUCGAACAGCCGAAUGGGACGCAGGUUAAGCUGUUCUUCGACCAUGUGCAUCUUUUGAAUUCAGAGAAUUGCACGAUGCAGAAAAUUGAGAUCUUUGAUGGACGCACCCCAGAGUCGCGCCUAAUGCAACGUUUGUGUGGACCGAUGGUCAGAGAGAUGGAACCACUAACUUCCAGCAGUAAUGUGAUCCUGGUGCGGUACGAAUACGGGUUGACUGGCCUAAACCUAGAUUAUACGUUUACUUUAAGCUACAAACGAGUCUGCGGUGGUAGUUUUUAUGGGAAUUCGGGGAUUAUCACCACUCCCAACUACCCCAAUUCCUAUCCGGUCGAUAUGACCUGUAUAUAUAAUAUAACUCUGCUAAGCGGUUUUCUAGCCGAUAUUAACAUUACGGAUCUUUCCUUCGGAACUUCUGAUAAUGAGAAGCAAGAAUACUACCUGGACAUGUAUCUAUCACGUGGUGAAGAGCCACAACGAUUUGUGAAAUCGGCCAGCAACCUUCAUAUGGUGUCCCAGAGCAAUGUCCUUAGUCUAGUGUUCCACGGAUCAUCCAACGGACGUGGACUUCGACUACAGUACACCAAUAUUCGUAGCCCAACCUGUGGAGGCUAUAUUACCAAGGUCAAAGGAAGAAUAUUGGUGGCCCUCCGACAUUUCUGCCAAUUAAUUUACGAGCUUCCAGGAAGGAAGAAGCUUCGUGCCGAAUCAUUGGGGUAUAAUGCAACUACAUAUGUUUAUGACAAUAGCACCAGUCCCGGAACUUUAAUCCAAAGCUAUAUUGGACACUUUGAGGAUUAUUUUUAUGGAGAUGUGAUUACAAUAAUCCUACGACCUGGAAAUGGUAUAGACCUUGUAGAUUUGAGUUAUGAAUUGGUUAAGGAAGUGGAAUGUGGUGCCACAUUUAACACUCGCUUCGGAUACAUUAUGUCUCCGAAUUGGCCAAAUCCCUAUAGCCCCAACACGGACUGCACUUGGCACAUUCAAGCGCCAGUUGGCCACCGACUGGAACUGAUUGUGAAAAACUUUACAUUGGAGGGAAUGGGUGAAUGGUUCGGAGACUGGCUGGAGAUUAGAAACGGACACGGGGAAGAUUCUCCGCUGAUAGGCAGAUACAGCAGUAACAUCCCAGCCCGGAUUCCAUCUUACAGUCACGACCUGUUCCUUAAGUUUCAUUCCGACAGCUCCAUUGAGAUGUUGGGAUUCCUGCUGCAGUGGCAACAGACCGGGGCAGGUUGUGGGGGCACUCUCACUUCUGCAACGGGCUCCAUACACUCGCCACAUUUGCAAUUUGAAAAGAGCGCCGUUGCCUGCGAUUGGCGAAUUGUCGUGGCCGAAGGAUCGCGAGUCAGCCUGAACCUGAAAAGCAGUACGCAGUCCAUCUGCGACAGAUUUCUGGUGAUCUAUGAUGGCCCCACAACGUCCAGUCAUGCCAUGAAUAUGGUCUGUAACGGCACCACAGCCCUGAAACUGAGAUCCACCGGUAACCGCGUCCUGGUCCGAUACGACGUCAGUGCCGAUGUGGAUAUGAAUUUUGAGCUGGACUAUGAAACCGAAUGCCGAGUGCGUCUGGAAGGUCUAGAGGGUGCCAUUGAAUCACCAAACUUCCCGGAAUCAUAUUUGCCGAAUUUAAAUUGCGAAUGGGACAUACGGGGAGGGGGACGCUCCAAUCACUUGGAGCUCGUCUUCUCGCAUCUAUCGUUGGAAACCCGCGAAGAUCAUCUGGUGCUCAUCGAUAUGCAAGACAAUGAAGUGGUCCACGAACAGCAUCUGUAUAUGGAGGACUUUCGUUUACCCUCCUAUACCAGUCUUGGGAAUCGACUGCUCCUUCAAUUCACCAGCGACUAUAUGAUAGAGAGGCAGGGCUUCCGGGCGGAGUAUCGUCGCUUGGGAUGCGGAGAACAUUUCCGUCAGAUCGGUGGGAGCUUCGAAUCACCGAAACUGCCAUUUAGCGUGGACAUGGAGUGCGAUUGGAUCAUCACGGCACCCGAGGGCAAACAAAUCAUGCUCCUGCUCCACGAAGUCCACUUCGAGCCAUCCCAGAGUGCGUGCGGCAAUACGGAUGUGAUAAAAGUAACCGCUCCCGCUGGCUUUAACAAAACAGUAGACCUAUAUGUCGGUUGCCAUGAGGAGACCCAGACUCAGCACUUCAGAUCGCCGGGCCAUGAGCUGAGGGUGCAUUUUGUUGGUGGCUCCACUCCGGCCAGGAAGUACUUCAAAGCCAGUUACGUUCAGGUGCCGCCCAAAUGUGGUGGCUCCAUAACAGCCAGCAAUGGGAUCAUAACCACUCCCGGUUUCCAUGAUAUCCAGGACAGCAGCAACUUGGAGAACUUCACGACAAGUGUGGAGUGUAUUUGGAUUGUUCAGGUCACCAAUAGCUAUGGAAUCCGAUUGUGGUUUGAUCAGCUGAAUCUCACAGAUUCCGCCAACUGCUCCGCCAGUUUCGUGGAGCUCACCAAGCUGGAGGCGGACGGCACGGAGCAGUUCCUGGAGAAGGCGUGCGGAGAGGAGACGCCUCGCAUUAGCGUUGUCCAUGGACAGAAACUGCAGGUUCGUUUCAAGGCGCAGGCCGGGUCCUGGGGCCGAUUCGCGAUGCACUUCCAGAGCCAGUGCGGGGGACCAUUGAGGAAUGGGCAGGGCUACCUGCGAUCCAGGAUGGACGAGGCGUGCGAUUGGCGGUUCAGUUCACCGGAGGGCACUAAAAUGUACCUUCACUUCAACAAUCUGGAGUGCCCGAAGUGCACGUUGCCCUCCGGCAACUGCACAGCCGGCCUACAAAUCCUCAACGAUGACGACGAGGUGAUCCUCUUCCAAAUGUGCGCCAGUCAUCCGGCUAAUUUGGUUGUCCCUGCGAACAAUGUGCGCAUCCUGAGCAACGGUAUCCGGCUCCAGGCGGAAUACAGUAGCCUGGAGAAUACUUGUGGCGGAAAUAUCUCAUUGCCGCGGAGUAGUCUCAGUUCUCCCAACUAUCCGGACAGCUAUCCGGCAAACGUUGAAUGCAUCUGGACGAUUGAUACCAAACCGGGCAAUGCCUUGGAGGUUUCUUUCGAGUCCCUGGACAUUGUGCGAUCGGAGCAUUGCAACGAGGACUUCUUGGAGCUGAGAAACGACUUUCCGGGACAACUGAUAGGAGUGUACUGUGACAAUAAAAUGCCGACAGGAUCCUUAGUUGUUAAAUCACCAUUGUGGAUCAAGUUCCGGAGCGCACCAGGCCAUUCGGCUGGAGGUUUCCGACUCAACUGGAACUAUGUCCACAACAUGGAGAUAACCACGGGCGCCAAUGGAGUUAUAGAGUCACCGCCACCGCUUUUCGUGCGCGGCGAGGAAGAACCAUUCAGUUGGAGGAUCUAUGUGAGUCGGGAUAUGGUUUUGGUCUUGGACUUUGAGGAAUACAUAGCAGGAUUGAUGCUCUUUGAUGGAUACGACGACACUGGCUUGGAGGUUAAAAUAGAAGCCAGCCCCUGGAGAUUCACCUCCAGCAGCAAUGUGAUCUUGCUGAAGACCACCAACGCCGAGCUGAACCGAUUCCGGAUUAAAUGGCACGCACUCUCCGGGGAGGUGGCCGAAGGUAACAUCACCUCUCAAGCCUCCAACGAGUGCACCAAAGAGUACAUCAUUGGCUCUCCCACUUUGUCUCGAACGUCGCCAGGAUAUCCAAUCGGAUAUCGUCCCAACUUGAAGUGCGAGUGGAUCUUCAAGCCGGCGAAUCCCACGCGCCACGUUAUCGCGACUAUAAGCGAUCUUCAAUUGGAGGAGUUCCCCGAAUGCUCGGCUGACUAUCUGAAAGUUCAGACCUCCAACGAUUUGAGCCACUGGAAGGAUGCACUGCACGUAUGCCAGAUGAUUUCAAACAGUUCUGUACCAAAGCCCACAGUUCAUGGAACGCCAAAUUUGAGACUUGAGUUCCACAGUGACGCCUCAAUCAGUGGCAAGGGAUUUCGAGUUCAUUUUCAUACCGCUUGCGGCUCGAAUUUGACCGGGACUGUGGGCACGAUUCUGUGGUCAACUAUAAUUGGUGAACCAAGCUGCUCCUGGCACAUUGAGGUGAGGCCCGGACGUAAAAUAGAUAUAACCAUUCAGUACUAUAGCGGAAGAGUGUGGAACACGGCAAGAGGUGCUUGCCAGACAUUCGGUGUCAUUUAUGACGGAUUGGAUGCACUGGCUCCAUUGCUGCCCAAAGGAAAAUUCUGCAAUCAGUAUGGUUUUCGGACGACUUCCUAUCGAACGAAUGGCUCGCACGCCUUCGUGAAAUACAAUCAACCAGUAAAUGCUCCCGAUCAUCUUGAAAAUAGAUGGAAUCUUACGUUCCGGGAGUUUAGCGAAUGCGAUGGAAAGAUUCAGCUGACCCAGCUGGCUCCCAGCUAUGAGAUUAAAUCUCCGGGCUAUCCGUAUCUGCCACAUCCGCAUGCAGACUGCACCUGGAUGGUGUUAGCACCCGUUGGGGAAACCAUUUCUGUAGAUUUCGGUGAUCCCGUCGAGCUGAAUCGACGCCAUUGCAACGAGGAGUUCGUGGAAAUGUUUGACGGCUCCACCACUUUGGCCCGCAAGCUCAUCCGUACGUGCCGCAAGCCUAAAGCCACGAUUCGCACUACCAGAAAUAUGCUCCUGAUUCACUAUCAGUCGGACUUGGAUGAGCCCAGCGGCGGGUUCCGAUUGAACGUCUCCCUCAGCAAAUGUGGUGGCCAAUUCACCGGACAGUUGGGAACACUUAAUUCGGAGAACUAUCCCAUACCAGGCGGCUAUUCUAGGCCAUCGGAGUGUGUGUACAGCAUCAGAUUGCCGAAGGAUAACUAUAUCUUCUUAAAUAUCACGGAUCUGCAUAUUCCCUACGAUGCCAAUGGAAUGUCUUCGGAGAAAACCAGUGAUCGCCUGGAAAUUGUGGAUUUGGCAAACGAGGGUGCUCAGCUGGCCGUCCUGGACGGAAGCACAGUCACCCCCACAACACUCACCCUCACCACCAAUGCGGUGGCCAUUCGAUUUUUGGCCAUCAGUAACGUCAACAAUUUUAGAGGCUUCAAGAUAAACUAUAGACGUGCCUAUGGAACUUGCUCGCGGACUGUGGACAACGAUUCCGGAACACUUGAGGUCUCCGCCAUGGAGCCCUCCACCUGGGUGAGAAUCUGUCGGUGGAUGAUCACAGUUCCCAAGGGUCAGCGAGUCCGCUUGGAGUUCCUUAACCUCCCCGAUAUUCGAAUUGUAAACCGCAAUGAUACUAACAGAUCUGUUGGCAUUCGAUAUAUGGUGGGUUUGCCUCAGUUGACCUUCUACAACGACCCGAACUCUCUAUCGAAGAUCACGGAAAUCCGUCUCAACGGCACCUACAAGGGCAGUGGAAUUGUUGAGUCUACGGAUAACUUCAUGCUCGUCUCUAUAAUCACUAAUCAAAUGGACUUAUCCAGGACAGUGCUGCGUGCUCGUUAUAGUUCCAGUGAAGCAUCUGUGUGUCCAUGGAAUAUUGGUGAUCAGGCAUCUGGAACCCUGUCCAUACAAAGUCUUUCCCAGCUAACCAGUUACUUCUGCAGCAUCCAGUUCGUUGGCAAUAUAGGAACGACCAUCACCUUUAAGGUGGAAGAGUAUCUGUUCGUGACCAAAGGCAGUCCAGCUGUAACAUUUAGGGAUGACGACUUCCGAAUGGCGGACAAACCGAUGAGUUUUAAUGUCACCAAUACCUUCGUAUCCUUGUCCACCAAAUCCGGACGCGUUACCCUGUUGAAUAGUGAGAGGGUGAUGUUGAAACGCUUCAGGGCUUCCUACAGGCGACACAAUUGUGGCGGACUACACUUAGCAUCGGAGGACCUUUCCAUCGGCACUCCAGAGUUUCUAAACACCGUGGAUGAAGACUACGGGGAAGUGGAGUGCGUUUGGACAUUAACAUCAAGUAGGGGAUAUUAUUUGGUUGGAAAUGUCAGCCUCACGGACAGCUGCGAGCAGGAGUACAUAGUGAUCUUUAGUGGCAGCAUUGAGGUGGAUCGGUAUUGUCGUGGAAUGCUAAACAAAACCACUGUUUUGAGCCGCCCAACAUCCAGGAUUCUUUACCAUUCCGAGCGAAGGGUUCCGGGCAGGAGUAUUUUUACGCUAGUGGCAAGAAAAUCCUUGGGCUCAGGGAGCAUAAUACGCGUAGCUCGGAGACCCUCGGCCCCCGUGACAAUAAACAGCAUUGAUUACGUCAAUAAUAUGGAAAAAAUCUGGGAGUUUGAGGCUGAGAAUGCACCCUCACUUCGUGUCGAGUUCCAGGGUCGCUUCUUUAUCGAAUCCUCACCCAACUGUUCCAACGAUCGACUGAGCAUCGAAAGUUACAACAAGACCAUAUCAGAGUAUGAGGAAAUAAUCAGUCUCUGCGGUCGCCAGCCACCCGGGGUCCUUUCAGUGCAAUCCACCCGAUUACGUGUGAUAUUCCGUACAAAUAGCAACAUAACCGGAGACGGUUUCAGCUUUAUUGUUUCCCCCAGUUGUGAUGUUAUCAUCCGAGCCACAUUCGAUCUACAGACACUCAGAAAUCCGAGAUCGUUAGCAGACUUUGGAAAUUUCAACUGCAGCUAUGAGUUCUUUACAGAAACGGAACACCAGUUAGUGGUUAAUGUCAAGGGAAGAGUUCGUCCUUGGAACAAAGAAUUCUGCAAGAUGAACCACUUUGAGGUGUACCGUCGAGAUGGCCAGGGGGUGGAGAACAGCGUCGGCCGGAUGUGCCCGGACUUUGAGGUGAAUGGAUACGGAAGGCUGCGAUUGCAGAUCCAGUCCACCUCCCCACGAUUCUUUGACAUAAGCUUUCAGCUAAUCGGAUGUGGUGGCAACUACAGUGAGCCCUUCGCCUUGCGUCCGCCCCAGGACGAAGAGGCGGGAAAGUACGCCCACAACACAAAGUGCCAGUGGCGCGUCACAGCCCCACCUCAGCAUGCCAUCGUUCUGGAAUUCAAGUACUUCGACCUGGAGGAGUCCUCCCGUUGCCAAUUUGAUAGUCUUUCCGUAUAUCGCGGGGGUGUGGUCAGUGAGCAGCCAGUGAGAAAACUGUGUGGCAAUCAGACAGUUCCGCCCACCAUCAUGGUUGACAGUAAUGAGGCACUUAUCGAGUCGGUAACAGAUGCCUCCAAUAACCACCGGGGCUUCCUGGCCAGCGUCCGCUUCACGCCGAACUGCAAUGAACCUGUUACCCUGGACGCGGAUGUGCCCCGCAUGAAUCUGAUGCGGACAUACCAGGUAAACGCCUCCGAAUGGAUGCUAUGCUACUUCACUGCCACUGUUCCCCCGGGCUACCGUCUCUCCGUUGAGAUGCGGAAGCUGCAACUUAACGAUGGCUCCUGCAACACUUGCAGCCAUAUCGAGAUCGUUGAUAAAAAUGCUAUUAAUAACCAAAGCCUAGGCAAGUACUACGGAUUGGGAUCUAACCGAACCAAGUUGUUCAGCUCCUACGGGGACUUGACCAUCCAGUUGAGCGCCAAGGCCAGUCGGGCCAGGAACAUUAGCUUUGAGCUGAUCCUCCAGAUGGAAAAGACCGUGUGUGGCCCAUCAGAAUUUGAAAUAAAGGCGAAUGAGAGUGUUACGGUAGGACUUCAAUACGACAACACCACAAAAGGAUAUGAUGGAAGCAUUGAUUGCCAUUGGUCAAUUAGAGCGCAAGGAGAUGUGGAGUUCGAUUUGCGAUGGCUUCGACUUAAGGACUUUUCUCCAAAAACCGGAAAAUGCGAGGACUACUUGAAAAUUUCGAAAUCUUAUAGAUUACAAUACCUAUGUGGAGACUUUAACAAAACCUACAAGUUCAUUCACAAUCUCAGCAAUUUCCCUCUGGAAUUCAAUUUCCACAGUGAAGAGUUCGAGGAGUCAAUGGGUUUUGAAAUUGUAGCUCGAGCCAAACCCGCCUGUAAUCGAAACUAUACAGCAAUUAGUCAGGAAAUAGCAGCCAUUGAUUUGAACAACUGCACGGAGUAUAUUCUGGUACCGGAAGGUUACAGCAUUACUCUGUUUAUUUCGACUGUGUCAUUUACCGAAGCCUCUUCGCGAUUUUUAAAUAUAACGGAUGUAAAAACUAAUAAGACAAUGUUUUUAAGUACGGAAUCAGGGUGGGAUCCAAGGACUAUUUUUACAACAACCAAUGAGCUACGCAUCGAAAGCCAUGAACUAGAAAUACUUAAUAUGUUUUAUUAUUCCACUAAAAAUAAUUUACCCAGCGGUUGCGGCGGUGAAAUAAUUGUGAGCGGGAAUAAUCCAAUUUAUUUAAAAAAUCCUCCUUACGAAGGACGAAACCAUUCUGUAUGUUCCUGGCAUUUGACGGUCCCGCCUGGUACUCCCCUUCGUAUAAGCUUUAACGAUUUCAACAUGGGCCCCGAAGUAAAUUGCAAUUUGGACAAUCUGAAGUUUUAUGAAUCGGACACCACCAAGGUAUCGUUGCUAAAAUCUUUCUGCGGGUCCACCGUACCACAGGACUUUACCCUAACCAAUAGCGGGGUGAUUAUUGUUGCUAAAAAAUCACCAAACUUCGAUGGCUUGGGAUUCUUCCUAAAUAUAAGCCCAGUUUUUGCUUGAAAUUGUAAAACUACUUAAAAUAUAAUUAAUGAAAGAAUUUUAUUUUAAAAAAUAAUAAAACCAAUUUUGAGUU